AAAAACGUAAUUUUAAAAGUUUUUUUUGUUUGUUUUUUUUCCCCGUCAUUUUUUAAGUGACGAGUGCUUUUGUGUCCGAGCGUAAUUGAAGGCCGCACCAAGGCGACGUGAGAUGACGUCACGAAUCCUGGAACAGGAAGCAGUGAGGAUCCCAUCUAAAGCGGCAGUUUUGUGUCCAAAGUGUCGACUGUCAACCGAAGACGAGGAAAACGCCGACCAACGAUGACAUCUGAGUUCCGAGCAGCGGUGGACGGAGAGCCGACGGCGUGAGUGUGCGGUGACGGUCACUGGCAGCCUCCGUCCCCUAUGACUGCGCCCGCGGGCUACGCUCGACUGGAGCAAAAUGAGGCCAUGAACGGUCUGCGCAUCUCUGUUGGGGGACUCCCCAUGCUGGCCACCAUGGCCAACGGCAGCGACUCCCGCUUCCGCCUCAAGUGGAAACCCAUCGUGGUGGCGGCGUUCUCGCUGACUCUGUUCUUGCUGCUCUACAUGCACUUGAGCUCGGGCCUGCGCCACCACCGCGGCACCUCGGAGGGCUCCGGAGCGGAGCGCUUGUCCGGCUACAACGACACCUACCCGCUCAGCCCGCCCGAACGAACGGCGAGCGGCACGCGCUACCGCAUCGCCGUCAUCGCCGACUUGGACACGAAUUCUCGUAGCGAGAAGGCGCAGACGUGGUUCAGCUACAUGUGGCGCGGGCACCUGUUGGUGUCGCAGAGCGGCGACAGGGUGUCAGUGGAGUGGGACGCCGACAUGACGCGGCUGGAAAGCCACCUGGCCGAGAAAGGCCGAGGCAUGGAGCUGUCGGAACUGGCCGUCUUCAACGGCAAGCUUUACAGCGUCGACGACAGGACGGGCAUCGUCUACCGCAUCGACGGCAACAAGGUCGUGCCCUGGGUCAUCUUACCCGACGGCAACGGCAACGUGGCCAAAGGUUUUAAAGCCGAGUGGUUGGCGGUGAAGGACGAGCACCUGUACGUGGGCGGCUUGGGGAAGGAGUGGACCACCACCUCGGGCCAGUUCGUCAAUGACGACCCGGAGUGGGUGAAAGUGGUGGGCUACCGUGGGGAUGUUGAGCACCAGAACUGGGUGCCUGUGUACAAGUCGCUUAAAUCAGCCGCCGGACUUAAACCUCCAGGUUACCUGAUUCACGAGUCGGCGGCGUGGAGCGACACACUGCAGCGGUGGUUCUUCCUGCCGCGCCGGGCCAGCGCCGACCGCUACGAGGAAACGGCGGACGAGCGGCGGGGCACCAACCUGGUUCUGAGCUGCUCGCCGGAUUUCACCGACGUGAAGGUCGGCCACGUGGGCCCGCUGGACCCCACCCACGGCUUCUCCUCUUUCAAGUUCGUGCCCAAUACGGACGACCAGAUCAUCCUGGCGCUCAAGUCGGAGGAAGACGCGGGCAAGAUCGCUACGUACAUCCUGGCCUUUACGCUGGACGGACGCAUUCUCUUGCCGGAGACCAAGAUCGGCGACGUCAAAUACGAAGGAGUUGAGUUCAUCUAGGUCAGCGGUCGGCACACAAAAACAGAAAACAACAUUUUGAAUUAAUAUAUUGUUUGCCUAAUUGGGGGGCAAAUAGUUUUGUUUUUGUUUUUUGUAUUUGAACAGCACCAUAUUCAAAUUUAGAAUUACUGUAUAUUUGAAAAGUUUACAAUCAAAAUGCAAAUCAAACACCUGUUAACUCAUUGGUUGCCAUUGACCACGAUAGACAUCCAAUCCAUUUGAAGCGGGACUGGAAACGGAACUUCAAGCAGAUAUGACAUCUACUAGUGAUACUCAUUUCAAGUUCACAUCGAAAACAUGAAAAGACCUAUCAGCACCCCUAACAAAAUGGCUUCUAGGGCAGUGGCCAUGUUGGUAGGGGCAGCAUUCCCGUCAAAGUCAAUGCAUUGACAUGAAAAUGAAGUUACAAUUGUCUUAUUUCACAACCGAUUACUUUUUCAAUGUCAACAUGACA